CACCCACCCACAACCUCGAUUCAUCGAGGACACCCAGCGGGGAGCUGGUUCUUUCCCUGGACCAGCGCGAAGUACAACUCUAUUCAAUGACAUCCCCUCCCAGUGAUACCUCUGCUCUGACCCCGCGAUUGAGAACGACUUCACUACCCCAAUCCACUUCCAAUAGUAAAUCCGCAGUGACACCACAGGCAGCGCCCGUUGCGACGCUUUCACCGUCCUCAGAAUCAAGCAGUGACGACGAGUUCCCGGACUUGGAGGCUUUCAGGAGCAGGGGACAAGCUCCAUCUAGCCAAUACCACCUCCCACGCAAGCAGUAUCCGCGGUCGUCACCCGCUAUCAAGAUCGAUGGGGCUGGCACCGACGUACGGAGGGCACAAUCAGCAUCUGCAUCUCUCGCUUCCAGUCUGGGGAGCGAUCUAGGGUUCAACAUUGGACGAGGCAGGUCCCUCUCACCAUCGUCGAAUCCUAGGUCACGAGAUAUCUCCCCUACCCCUUCUGCUGGCCUGGAUGCUUCGUGGUGGGCUUUACCGGAGACGGGGGCACCACCCUGGAAAGACCAACCGAAGCGAAAGAGUAGCAUCCCAGCAAGUGAGGUAGAUGGAUACGACCGCACGAAAGAGCGUGUCGCUUUGGCUGUCCGGUCUUGUCUGGGAAACGUCGUGGACGUGGGGCACGAGUUACUUUCCAUCGGAGUGGACCUUUUGGAAUUGGCCCCAGUACCAGGGUUGGCUCCCGCAGCCAGAACAUUGCUGAACAUUUGGGAUGCUGUCGAUGGAGUUGAUGUCAACUUCAACCGGUGUCUUCGGUUGGCAGAUCGAUGUGCACGACUACUCAUAUCAAUUCGCGAAGAAGUUCGGGAAGCAGGAGAUGCUGUGGGAGAGGAAUUGCGAGACCCGAUAGCAGCCUUAGAAGAGGUGUUCCUCCAUGUACUGGAGUUCAUGAGAAAACAGGUUCGAAGACCGUUUUUGAAGCGUUUCUUGAAGAGAGAUGAAACCCAGGAAGAUAUCGACGAGUGCAAUAAGAGAUUAGACGACGCUACGAAACUAUUUACCACCUCGAUCGUGAUUCGUAUUCUGAGGAAAACCUAUGAGAUGGACGCUCAACGCCAGAAAGACACCCGAGCGAUCAUCAAGACCAUCAUUAGCUCCAGCAUCCCCCAAACGGACCCUCCAUUAUCCCCCAUCCUACUCUCUCCGGAGGAUAACCGCCCUACAGACGACCCCUCAAAGGAGAAGCCAGCACCUGUCACCCAUUUCAUAACCACUUCCAAUGCCCUCGGUCUUUCAGAGACCAUCGACAUCUCGACUAUCCCUCCGGACAACGUCAUCCCUCUACUCAACAGUCUUCAAGAGAGCCAGAACUCCCUCGACCGCACAAACGACAUUGCAUCCCUUCGACAGCUCAUGCUAAAGGCUAUCCAAGCCAGCAGCGACGCAGAAAUGAUCGACAUGCUUCAGGUCAAGCACGAGCAGAUGCCUGAUGCGAUCAAAACUCUGCAAAGAGCGCUCGAGACGAUAGAGAAGCGUCGCAACCAGUCACCUCUCGAUACAAUCCCGCCGGGGGUAGUUAUCGGAAAGGUCAAGCGUCGGUAUAGUCUCAAGUCUGGCGACAACCAGGAAGGGGGGCUACAACGGUCUAAGACUGUUCUCAGCAUCGAAAGCACCACCAGCUCGAAAUCGACCGGAGGUUCGAGCAGUGCUGGCGGAGGAUCAAAGAGAACGAGGGACACCUUGGAGCAGGAGUUCAUCGAGAGUGGAAUCUCUGCUCUAGUGCGAAUGAGCCAGGGUCAGAACACCAACCUUCCCAGCUGGACGAUCACCAAGUUCGAAAUCAAUCGAGAGAAGAAGAUUGGGGUUGGCGGCUUCUCGGAUGUCUAUCGAGGAACUUGGAAAGGCCGCACCGUGGCGAUCAAGGUCUUGAAGAUGGAGACUGAGAAGAAGCUGUUUAUACGGGAGGUCGAGAUAUGGAAGACGCUUCAUCACCCCCAUGUUCUUGAACUCUACGGGGCUAGCAGUGCUCUCGAGCCGCCGUGGUUCUUCGUAAGCCCGUAUCAGAAACAUGGCAGCUUGGUCGACUAUCUCAAGAAGGUGGGGCGCGACCUUCAGGAUCCUGCCUUGACCCCAACCUUCCGCCCUGAUCGCUCUCCUAGGAAGACGUCCACCAUCCCUCUCCCACUGAGGUCCAAUCGAGCGACUUCCCCUACGCCACAAAGAUCACCGUUAUCGGCCCUGGGACCCAAUACCGCCAAAGCUCCGCUUCGGGAAGAGUUCAAGGUUCGGUCAGAAUGGGAUCUUUUGCGGUUCAUGCAUGAAAUCGCGAAAGGAAUGGAGUACCUUCAUAGUCGCGGGGUUCUUCACGGUGAUUUGAAGGCGGCGAACGUUCUCGUGGACGAUUCCUACCGGUGUGUAAUCACGGACUUCGGGCAGAGCGAGAUGAGGUCGACCGCUUUCCGAAUCACUGGGAGGCAGCCAACACGUGGAACCCUUCGAUGGCAGGCUCCAGAAAUCCUGAUGGGAAAAUCGGAACUGACAAGAGAAGCAGACGUGUACGCUUUUGCCAUCGCCUGUGUUGAAAUCAUCAAUAUGGGCAAGCUCCCUUGGGGAAGCUUGUUAGAAGACGAGACGAUUCGAAACAUGGUCGUCAAAGAAGAUAGUCGCCCUGAAAUCGCUGAAGACUCUAGAUUUAACACGCCCGCACUCCAAGUGAUACUGAAAGCUUGUUGGAACCGCGAUCCGGACCGCCGCCCCCCUUUCUUUGAGGUGUCGAAGGAUUUGAAGCGUAUUCGUCAGACGUUUGAAAAUGGGGAUGUUAUGGAUACUCCCAAGGGUUCUCUGACACCUUUACCAGAGGAACAACCCCCGUCAUCCCCAUCGCCCGAUAUGAAGCCUUUGCCUCUCCCGCCGGUUGGCAGUCCGGUUGGAACCGCGAUUAAUAUUCUUUGGCCGGAGGCCUCGGGUGGCGGCCACAGGGAAGAGACGGUGGCGAAUGGGCCCAUCGAAUUUCCAGUUCCGGUAUUCUUCAAAGACUUGACCCCGAAACCCUCGGUCCCAAUUAGUAGUGUGGACGACGACGUCUCCGACGAUAUUGAAUUGGUGGACCUCGAUUACUACCCAGAAGUCGCGCGUGUCGAUGCCACAACCGCAGCCGUUUGGAACGAAAGAAGGUAUCGUUUGCUGUUAACGCACGAUUUCCAUCCUUCACUUGUCUUGCCACUGUGGCAACCUUCGGCCGUCUCCCUCGGUGCAGUCGGGUACCUUAGCAAACCUCGUGGGGAGUUUAUCACUCUCUUCAACGCCUUGUACCCGGAUAACUCUAAACACCCUCUGGCCAAGAGCUUCCCUUCCAUCCACGGCUAUGGCAAAGUCGAGCACGGCUCCCAAACUCGUGAUACGCGGUCGCUCUCUCAGAAGGGAUGGGACUCCAUAGCUGGGCUGCUGAGCCGUGCCAAUAAGAACGAUCACAAGGAGGGUGAUAUCCCAAUUAGCCGCCGCUUCACGUAUCCAUUACGCGCCGGUCACGUCUCCGCUCACCUCUGCACCCAAAUUACGAAAUAUGUCUAUCUUCAAGAUCUCAAGGCGGCGAAGAGGUGGUUCAAGGCGAACAUCGAUAGCAUAAUGCACGCCUACCCGACGAUACAAAGAGAAGACAUCUAUCUCGUUAUUGGUCUCCUCAACACCCCCAAUUACGGGUUAUUUGUCAGUCACAGUCAUCCUGACGGUCAUGUUCACUUUAACGUGCAUAAAGCCAGUAAAAUCGGUCAGCCUUGGGGCACUUUUACCACAGAUUCUACUGCCCAUGCAGCUCGCAAUCAAUCAGGACCUUGUUACGACGAAGCUGACACUCGUCCCCGAAUCGAAGCAAGCAAAGUAUCGAUUCACGGAGGAGAGUGGGAAACCGUCUUGAUUUCACGUCUGCGGUUCAGAGCAGAUGAAGAUGAGCCAACGGCGAGACUGUGA